AUGUUCCCUCGGUCUGGCGAGAGCAGCAGCUACGACUUCCUGUCCUUCCCGCAGCAGAUCGUCAUACCGCUGCUCAGCAGCAGCAGCAGCAGCAGCAGCAGCAGCAAUGCAGGCAAAGCUAAGGGGAUCUCAGCGGUGCUUCUUCCUGUAGAUGAAGAACACCAGGUGCUGCAGCUACUCGCCACGCAGCGGUCUCUCCUUAAGCUGCUCAGCAGCAAAUUCAAGAGGCACCAGCAGCAGCAGCAGCAGCAGCAGCAGCAGCGGCAACAGCAGCAGAAUCAACAACAGCAGCAGCAACAGCAGCAGCAGCGGCAGCAACAGGGCCAGCAGCACCAGCACGACCAGCAGCAGCAAGUGCAGCAGCAGCAAGGACAGAAGGACCAAGCGCAACAGCAGCAGCAGCAGCAUCAAACACAGCAGCAGCAGCAGCAGCAGGCAGAGUUGGUGAGGGCGCUUGUAGAGGAGGCAUUGCAGCAGCUUUACGGUGUACAGAGCGCAGCAGCAGAGCGGCUGAGGAGACAGCUGAGCACCCACACUACAUUGAAUGAGUACUGCUGCAGCAGCACUUGCUGCUGCUGCUGCAUGUACACCCCAGAACGUAGCACUUGCGCUGCAGCACGAGGCGGCUGCUGCGGUACACACAAAGGGGCUACACCAGCGGCAACAGCAGCAGCAGCACCUGCAGGAGCAGCAGCAACGCCGUAUCAGCGAGUCUGCAGCACCAAGCGGGGGGAUGCUGCUGCUGCAGAAGCAGCAGCAGCAGGAGCAGCAGGCGCAGCAAGAGAUCCUUCCAGCAAUGAGGAGUUUGCUGCAUCUGCUAGUGCAGCAGCAGCUGCUGCUGCAGCUGCUAGUGUGUCUCCCACGUUGCUGCAGGCAGCACGUGCUGCUGUUGGUUCAUUGAAGUCUGCUGCAGCAGCAGCUUGCUGCCCUUAUCUUGUGGUGUAUGCACAUGGCAACGGAAGCGACAUAAGAGAUAUGAUGCCGCUGCUGCAGCAAGUGCAGCAGAAGACCGGUGCUGCUGUCUUAGCCUUCGACUACCCUGGAUAUGGCCUCUCCCAAGGUCAAGCGACUGAGGAGACAGUAGAUUUAUGUCUUCAAUCUAUUUUAUCUUUUGUGCUGCUGCAGCUGCGAUGGCCGCCGCAGCGGGUUGUGCUGUGGGGCUGCAGCAUCGGGGCGGGGCCCGUGACUCGUGCUGCUGCUGCUUUUUCUGCUGCUUUCAGGCAGCAGCAGCAGCAGCAGCAAGCUAGAGCAUGUAGGCUACAGCGGCAGCUGUUGCAAACUGUCCUUAACAACAACAGCCAGCAGCAGCACCAGCAGCAGCAGCAGCAGCAGCAGCAGCAGCAGCAGCGGGAGGAGCUGCCGCUAAGGCCCUGUCUCUUCUUCCCUGUCUUAGGCAGCAAUCUGUGCGCCUCUGCAGCAGCAGCAGCAGCAGCAACAGCAGCAGCAGUUGUACCACCAAGCACCGCAGCUCCUGAGGCAGUGGUUGCUGCGCAAGUUGCUGCAGCAGCAACGACAGACUGUUCGGGGCCCUGGCGCUCCCCCAGUACCAGCAGCAGCAGCAACAGCAGCAGCAGCAGCAGCAGCAGGAGGUGCUGGAGCGGCGGAGGUUCUUUGAAUUUUUAUAACUUGGGGGGUGUAGUGCUGCAGUGUCCAUACACCUCAAUCCGUGCAGCAGCAAAAAGCUUCGUUCCUGCUGCAGCAGCAUCGCUGGUGGUGCCGAGAACCCUGUGGCAUGUUGCUGCUGAUAUUAUAAACCCAAAUUUUUGCUGCAGUUGUUUGUUUAUUCACGGGCAGCAGGAUGAGCUCUUUAGCUGGCAGAUGUCGUGGGACAUGCAGCAGCAGCUGCAGCAGCACCUGCAACGCUUGCAGGGUACCAGCAGCAGCAGCAGCAGCAGCAACAGCAGCAACAGCAGCGGUGGCGGAAGGGGUAGUAGUGCCAUUACCAGCAGCAGCAGCAGCAGCAGCAAAAGCAGAAUCAAUAGAAGCCGCAGCAAGACGAAAUGCACCACCUGCGAAGAUUCGAUUGCUGUCUGUACAGCGGCCACCAACAGCCGAAGCAGCAGCAGCAGGAACAGCAGCAACAGCAGCAGCAGGAGCAACAGCAGCAACAGCAGCAGCAAUCAAAGCUGCCGCCGGAGUAAAAGAAAUGACGGAGAAGGAGAGGGGAGCCGCACCUCCUUGGAAUGCCCCAACAGCAGCAGCAGCAACAGCAGCAGCAGCAGCAGCAGCAGCAGCAACAGCAGCAGCAGCAGCAGCAAGGAGGAAUAUGAAGGCGCCCCUUACUUUUGCUUUGGCUGGUAUCCUCCUGCUGCUUCUCACUGCGUGUUUAACUGGGGUCGUGAUUUGCUGCUGCCUGUCUCUGCAUUUCUAAGGCAGUCUCAUACCAAUUUGCUGCUGCAGCUCGUUGCUGCGCUGCUGCCUCUGCUGCAGCAGCAGCAAGACAACGCUGCAGUAGCAGCAGCAGCAGCAGCAGCACCAGGAGAUUGGUGUACAACGGCGCUGCUGCUGCUGCCCCAGAAGGAGAAGCUGAUGCUGCUGCAAGAGGCUGUCUUUGGUGUUUCUUCAGCAGCUGCAGACUGUCCCUUAGCAGCAGCAGCAUCAACAGAAGCAACUCCAGCAGCAGCAGCAGCAGCAGCAGCAGCAAGCAGAUUUGCUUCUGGCCAUAUCUGGCAGUCUCUCCAGGGUGCGGCACUCAGCAACUCCGCUUCACUGCUUUUUUCUUCUGCUGAGUUUGCUGCAGUCUGGGCUGCGGCUGUCGAGCAGCAGUACCCUCAGCUGCAGCAGCAACAGCAGCAGCAACAUCAGCAGCCGCAAGAGCAGCAGCAGCAACAGCAGCAGCAACAGCAGAAGCAGCAGCAACAGCAGCAACAGCAACAGCAGCCAUUGAACAGGAGCAUCGACCGCAGCAACCACAAACAAAACCCCAAAAGGCGGCUGCCGCUGCUGCUGCAGCAAUAUGCAGACAGGUGGGGCUUAGCAGCAGCAGCAGCAGCAAGCGCUGGCAUAAGGCAGCAGCUGCUGCUGAUUGGAGCUGCGUUGCGGCUGUUUGCCCCUCACGAGCUUACUGGAUUGCAUACACAGCAGCAGCUUCUGCAGCGCUAUCCGCUGCAGCAGCAGCAGCAACAGCAGCAGCAGCAGCGACAGCAAACAGCAGCAGCAGGAGCGCUGCUCCAAGUCACUCCUCUUUUGUCUGCCGCGGUGCAGCACAUGAUGGCUGAGACCCCUGCUUUCAGCAGCAGCAGUGCCAUUGGUGCUGCAGUAGCCGACAGCAGCAGCAACCGCUGUGCAGCGGCAACAGCAGCAACAGCAGCAGCAGCAGCAGCAACUGAUGCUGCUUCUGCGGGGCAUCAUUUGCUGCAAGGAGACGAGGACAGUGAGGACAGCCUUUCAGCAGCAGCACCAGAGGCAGAGGAGACAGAGAAAAAUGGUUUGUCGCCUGACUCUACUUAUAACGGAGAAGGACUGCAGCAAAGAUCAAGCAGCAGCAGCAGCAGCAGCAGCAGCAGCAGCAAGGGUGGAGGCAGUGGCAGUCGGAUAUCACAUGCCCGCUCCUCCCACCAGCAGCAAAUGCUGCUGCUGCAGCGACAGCAGUUGCAGCAACUGCAACAACGGCAGCAGCGGCAGCAAAUGCUCAGCCGACGGCAGCAGCAAAUGGCGCAGCAGCAGCUGCUGCUGCAGAAGCCUCCGCUGCAGCAGCUGCUGCACUGCAUGCCCCAUACCUCACCCCCCUCAUGUUAUGGGUUUGUCAGUGGACUAGGCCUUGAUAAAGAGCGUCUCGAGGCGACAGCAGCAGCAGCAGCAACAGCAGCUUCUGCUGCUGCUGCUGCUGCUGCAUUGCCUCUCUUUGGGUCUGCUGAAGGACUUACGAGGUUGCUGCAGCACCGAUAUACAGAAUUCCUCUCGUUGCUGUUGCAAACGGCGGUGCAGCGGGGUCUUGUGGAGCAGAUGAAGGUGCUGCUGCUGCAGCAGCAGCAGCAGCAACAGCCGCAGCAGCAGCAACAGCAACAGCAGCAGCAACAACAGCAGCAACAGCAACAGCAGCAGCAACAACAGCAGCAACAGCAACAGCAGCAGCAACAACAGCAGCAACAGCAGCAGUCGUAUGUGCUUAGCAGCAUUUCUGUCUGCGGCAUUCGCCUCUCUUUAAUUCCGCUGCAGCUGUUGGGGGCCUCAGGUGAACGCAAUGGCAGCAACUGCAGCAGCACCUGUAGCAGCAGCUGCAGCAGCAACUGCAGCAGCAACUGUAGCAGCAACUGCAGCAACAACGGCAACAGUGAUGCUGCUUCCUUCAGCAGCACCGUGGGCGGUUGCGGCAGGGGGGCAGCAGCUGUCCCAGUGGGCGCUGUGCUGUAUGCAGAGGCCCUUCCUCUUGGUGCUGCUGCUGCUGCUGCUGCUGCUGCUGCUGCUUCUCCAGCUGAUGUUACGGCUGCUGCGUUCGCUGGGUUCCAAAGCUGCACCAGCAGCAAUAGCAGCAACAGCAGCAGAAGCAGCACCUGCAGCAGCAGCAACUGCAGCACCGGCGGCAGCAGCGGUAGCAGCAACACCUACAACCACAGCAGCAGCAGCAGCAGCAACGAGCUUCCUGAGCGUAUUCCUGAGACCCUGGUGCUGCCGCUGUUUGCUGCUCCUCUCCCUAGCAUGCAACCCACAGCUCGUUGGCUGCUGCAGAGCCUGUUGGCUGCUGCAGCAGAUGCGCUCCGGCUCAGCAGCAGCAGCAUCAGCAGCAGUAGCGGCAGCCGCAGCACCGUGCCACCUAGCCUGCUGCAGCAGCAGCAAGAGGAGCAGCACGAAGUAGCGCAGCAGUUUGCAACGGAUAUCGUGAAGCUUCUCAGGUGUAUGCACACCCUUCCUAACUUUGCUGCUCUUGCUUCUCUUCGUCCGGCCUCUCCAGGCCAGCUGCUGCUGCUGCAGCGCAGCAGCAGCAUGCAUGCAGCAGCAGCACUAGCAGCAACAACUGGAACCGAUGCUGAUGCUGCUGCUUCUGCUGCAGCAGCUGCAGCAGCAGCAGCAGCGGCUGCCCAUGUACACCGCAACUGCAGCUUUUUUUCCUUCGGCUGGCAUCAGCUGCUGCUGCUGCUCUACGGCCCCCAGCUGCCGCCGCUGGUGCGGCUGCUGCUUGGGGGAGGUCUACAGCAGCAGCAGCAGCAGCAGCAGCAGCAGCUCCCGCGGGCCUUGCCUCUGCAGGCUUACAACGCAGCAGCAACAGCCCCAGCCUUCGCAGCAGCAGCAGCAGCAGCACCGCAGGGCAGCAUGGCUGCUGCUGCUGCGCAGCAGAGCUGCAUAAGGGAUAUGGUGAAAGCGGAGGAACGCAGCCGCCUGCAGCUGCUGCAGCAGCCAGCAGCAGUUGCUGCAGCUGCAGCAACAACAGCUCAUCUGCAGUGCCAUAUGCAGCAACCGCAACCCCUGAACAUCUCCAGUGAAUAUGCCUUGCUUCCUGCUGCUGCACCAGCUGUAUCUGCUGCUGCUGCUGCUGCUGCGAGCCAACAGCAGCGUAUUGCUGCAGUUACUGGAGCAUGCGAGAGGCCGGAGGCUGGUGCUGCAGCUGCUGCAGCUACUGCAGCAGCUGGUGCAACUGCAGCAGCUGCACCAACUGCAGCAGCUGCUGCUACAGCUCGCAGCAGCAGAACGUCGCCGCUGCCGUGUGGGGAAUUGGAAGCGGAAGGAACUCCAAAUGCAAAUGAAUUGACGGCAUCUGCUGCUGCUGCUGCUGCUGCUGCUGCUGCUGCUGCUGGGCCUAGGGCUGCGGAGCACUUGAAAACUUCAGACAGCCUCUUUCCUGAUGCAGAGGCAAUGGCAGCAGCAGCAGCACCAGCAGCAGCAGCAGCAGCAAAUGAGGCCGAAUCCGCUACCCCUGCAACUCGGACACAAGAAGAACUGCAUCACAAGGGCAGCAUGCAACCCUCUCUGGUGCAGCAGCAGCAGCAACAACGGCAGCAGCAGCAGCUCUGGAGAUGGUGCAAACAGCGGUGCUUCUGGCAGCCAUCGCUGCUGCUGCCGACUUCUGCGCUGCAUACUCCGCUGAUUGAGGCUUCUUUGCUGCUGCAGCUGCAGGGCAUCAGCACCAACAGCAGCAGCAGCAGCAACAGCAGCAGCAGCAGCCUGCAGCACGAAGCAAGCAAAGUUUUACUUGACUGCAGCUGCCGCAGCAGAAAGCGCAGCUGUCAGCUGCUGCUCGCAGAAUUUCGCCGUCUGUAUACCCCGGGAGGCUCUGCUGCAAGCUGCAGCAGCUGCAGCAGCAGCAGCAGCAGCAGCAACUGCUGCUGCUGCAGUAGCAGUUGCUGCAGCAGUUGUUGCAGCAGCAGCACCUGCGACAGCAGCGCAGAGAAAUGGCAGCAACAGGUCAAUGGACGACGCUGCAGCAAAAUCUGCUGCUGGGCAGGCAGCUGGCGAGGAGCAGCAGCAGCAGCAAAUUCGCGUGAGGAGGCAGCGUAUGUGAGUCUUUCUGCAGCAGUAGCAGCAGCAGUAGCAGUAGCAGCAGCAGUAGCAGCAGCAACAGCAGCAGGGAUAGUGUACUUGCUGCAGCUCAUGUUUAACGCCUGCUGCUGCUGUGUGUUGCAGCUGCUGCUGGAGACCGCCCUGACUGUGUCGCUCCUGCGGCACGAAAUUCAAACUGUCUCCUGUCUCCGUUCAGCAGCAGCAGCAGCAGCAGAAGCAGCAUCCCACAGCAGCAGCAAGAGCAGCAGCAACAGUUCCUCAGCGGAGAUUGGUCGUUUGCUGCUUGAGGCUGCGCCCCUCUCGGGAUGGCAGUCAGCUGUGACAAGUGCUGCACCCUUUUGCUCUGGCGCGGUAGCUCUAGAGCGUCUGCUUCUGCAUCUGUGGGGAGUGAUGCUGCAGCAGCAGCAGCAGCAGCACAUCUUAGCAGGCAGGAAGGGCUUUAUCCCUGGAAUGCUGCUGCGGCAGCACCAGCAGCAGCAGCGCCAGCAACAGGUGCUGCAGCAGCAGCACCACCAGCUAGCAGCUGCAUUGUACGCCCCUCUUCAGAGGAUGCAGCAGCAGCGCCCACGGCAUCAACCGGCUGCUGCUGCGGCGGUCGCAGCAGCAGCAGCAGCAGCAGCAGGUACGAGAACCAGCGGGGGCAUUUCCUCGCAGCACCAAACAGCAGCAGCACCAAGAGCAGCAGCAACAGCAGCAAGAGCAGCAGGAGCAGCAGGUGAAAGGCCAGCAUUGCGCAAUCUCCAAAAGGUAUAUACAGCGCCGAACCUCUUCAAUGCAGCAGCAGCAGCAGCAGGAGCUGCUGCUGCUGCAGCAAGAGACACAACCGCAGCGGGAAGCACAGCUGCAGGACCAGCAGCAGGUGCAGCACAUCCACCAGCAAGAGACACAGCUGCAGCAGGAGAAAUAGCUGCGGCGAGAGAAACAGCACACGUAACAGCAGCAGCAGCAGAAGCAGCAAGAGACACAGCAACAGCAGCAGCAGCAGCAGCAGGAGACGAGAAGGCGCAGGGAGGGAGGCCCCCAACGCAGCAGAGGGGCCUCAAGAGGCCGUCAUAUCGGGGUGUAUGCACAGCUCCUUCAAUUAAUUAUGUGCAUUCACUACGCGCUGCUGUUGCUGCUGCUGCUGCACCUGCUGCAGCACGCAAGCAACUAGCCGCAGCACCGCCAUGGGGAGAAGCAGCAGCAGCAGCUGCUGCUGCAGCUGCAGCAGUAGCUGAUGCUGCUGCUGCAGAUUCUACCGAGCAGCUUCCCGCAGUGCAUCUGCCGAAGGCACAGACAGCACUUGCUGCAGCAGCAACUGCAGCAGCACCAGCUGCAGCAGCAACAGCUGCAGCAGGCACUCCACGUACGUUUGCUGAGACGGAGGCGCUAACAAGCUUGCAGCUGCAGCCGCAUAAGUUGGUGCUGCAGCAGAUGCUGCAGCAACAGCAAAUGCAGCAGCACCAGCAGCAGUAA